UUUCCGCGGGACGUCCGCAGGACAGCAGCUGCGUAGGUGCUCCGCCUCCCCGCCGGGACGCAAGGAUGUCGCUGAAGAGUAGCAAUCGGAGCCUGGUGGCGUCGGACUCGAAGCGCGCAGCCAAGACGAUCUCGUGCGGGAUGCGCAACGGCAAGGUGUCGAUAAGCGCGAGCACCAACAGCCCCGCGCCGACAGCCAAGCCAAGCAGCCCGCCCGACGAGGAGAAGAAGGUCCUGACCAUGAAGCAAGAGCCCGAGGACGAGGAGAGCUACUACGAGGACGAGGACGAGGACGAGGAAGAGGAGGAGAGCGACGCGUCUGUCGCCAAGCCGCAUCUCCAUCACAACACCAGCUCGAGCAACGCCACGAGCACGAGCACGGGCUCGUCGUCCGCCCCCGUGUCGCACUCGCGCUCGUUCCCGAUGCUGACCAGAGUGCGCUCGCACUCGCGGAGCUUGCGAGCCAUGGCCAAUCCCAGCGCCGUCUGGGCGCACUUCGAUCUCUGCUCCAACGAUCCGCUCAGGGCGCAGUGCCGUAUCUGCGGCGCUGUCGUCGUCAGGGGCGGUGCCAAUCCCAGGCAAUGCGGCACCACCAAUUUGCACCGACACCUUCGGGUUCAUCAUGGCGGCAGACUCAUCGGUAGACGAUACCACGUGUUGGGCGAAUUCGGAAAGCGAGAUCCAGAUCAGGGCAACCUGAACAAGGCGAUGCGGCUGGCCACUCAGAAUCUCGUGCGCCACAUGCGAAGCAUCGCUCCUGCUCCGACUUCCCAGCAGUCGGCUCAUCGCCAGCACGAGCAGCAGCAGCACCAGCACCAACACCAGCACCACCAGCAGCAGCAGCAGCAGCCACAGCAACCCCAGGCUCAGCAGCAGCAGCACGAGCAGCAGCAGCAGCAGCAGCGCCGACAAUCUCCACCCUCGUCGACGUCUUCGUCGUCCUCGCAAUCGCAACGACCGACGAAGACGCUCGUGCUCAAGACAAUCCCGCUGAAGGUGAAGCAGAUCGCGCCAACCACCAUCAAAGUGCCCGCGGCCAUGCGACCGAGUCCGGCGCAACAACACGCGUUGCCUCAAGUUGUCUUGCCGCAGCCACCCACCGAGGUCUGCCUGAGGUGGAACAGUUACCACAGCAACAUGCAGCACAGCUUCCCAUCGCUGCUCGAUAGCGAGCAAUUCGUAGACGUGACGCUGGCGUGCGAGGGUCGCUCGCUCAAGUGCCACAAGAUGAUCUUGUCGUCGUGCAGCGAUUAUCUGGCUCAACUACUCCGCGAAAACCCGUGCCAGCACCCCAUCAUCAUAAUGCGCGAUCUCAAGUUCUGGGAGAUCGAGGCUCUCGUCAAGUUCAUGUACCGGGGCGAGGUGAACGUUACCCACGACAAACUUCCACAGCUACUCAAUGCCGCUGAAGCGCUGCAAGUCAAGGGUUUGGCCGGACCAAGUAACUCACAGAAUCCAAAGCCACCCCUGCUGAUACCCCAAACCAAGCCACCGGUACCUACGUCGCAACCACUCAACCGCACUCCAGUCACCGAAACCAAAGAUAAGCCGGCAAAAUCGAUUAGCCCACCUCUCGUCACUUCAACGCCGCCGAACCUUUCGAGCCCGAAGCGCGGACAGAAGCGUCGUACCUUGAGCGAAGUCCCCGAGGCUCGACCCUUCACCAAAAUUCGUCUGCAGCAGCCGCCAACUGCCGCAGGCCAGCGUCAGAGAUCGCUGUCGCCUAUGGUCAAAGUCGAGCCGUUCGAGGUCGUUCACAGUCCUUCCGAUCCGGUCUACACGGACGACAACGUCGACGAUGAGGAUAUUACACCAAGUCAAUCGAGUCUCGAUAAACUGUUACAACUAGAUGACGACGAUCCUGGUGGGGACGACUUUGAACUCGCUGACGAAGGCUCUGACAUGGAUGAUGAUUCGACAAACAACUACGCUGAAGAACAAAUGGAGUUUGUACCAACAGACUUCUUAGAGCAAGGAGACAUCGCUGACGAUCUGGAUAGUCGAGCCAACAGCAGUAGUAUACAGUUUAGUGAUGACGACUCUAAACAGGACAACGAAAAUGCCGAUGAAACAGCCAAAGAACAAAAUUCUGGAAAAAGAGAGUCAAGGCCCAGUCGCACAAAGAAAGAUAAGACAUAAUAAGAAGUGAUAUUGCACUUAUACUCGUUGGCAUUCUAAAUUAUAUACUUGAAGAAAAUUAUCGUUUCGAAAAGCUAGCGUUAUGUGACCAAACAACACGCUACCAGGGAAAAAGUUACUCAGAAAGUAUUAACUGCUUUUUUUCUUUACACUUACUUUUAGUAUUAAAAAAUUAGCUUGAUAAAUUGUUUUUAUUGCGCGUUUCUAUUUUUUUAGUGCGUUAAGUUGAUAUUCUAUUGCUGAUAUUGUCAAGUUUUACAUUGAUAUUCAUUCUCCUCGGAUAUUCUUUCUAAUUAAUACUUGAGUUUUGAUCGUUUUUAUAUUAUCGCUGAAGCGUAUGUGAACGCCAUAAAAUAAUAUAUCGAUAGAUUUAAUAGAAUAAGAGCACUAAAAUCUGUCAUGCAUUUCCUCCAUGCAUUCUACAGUUUUUUUAUUUUUAUUUUAAUAUCAUCUAGCCAAAAGAUGAUAUUGUGAUUUUUUUACUCUACUUUAGUAUUCUAUUUCUGUACAUAACCAAAAUCGCAUAAUAGUUUCAACGAAUUUCUAUUUGAGUGAAAUGAUAUACACUUUUACAAGAUAAUUAUUUCACUAAAAAUUAAUUCGUCUAGAAUAAUUCUUAUUUUUUUGAUUGACAUCAUUAAUAGUAUUCAUAUAAUUAAUGUUUUGUGAUUUAAAAAGCUGUUAAAGAUUUUCGCUAUAGGUGUAUUAUAAGAUAUACAAAUGCCAAAUCCUCGAGAUAAGUUUUUUAAUGUAAGAAUAUUUUAUCAGGAUUAGAUAUUUAUUUGGACGAGUUUGGAAAAGAUUGAAAAAAAUAUUAACUUUAGAUAAAUAUAAAUUCAAUGUCUACUAAUUAUUCUCUAAUAGCUUGUCGUUCAUUACAUAGUUCUGAAUUAUUUUUAAAUUAUUGACUUGUUCAUUUCUAAUGAACUACCAAUUCUGUAAUAUACUCGUGUGCCAUUCGUUGUGAAUUUCUUUUUAAGAACUAAAUUGCGCAUUUAAGAUGUACGUUUCUAUCAGGUUAAAAAUAAUAACAUUUGUUUCUUCAGCUGGACGUAGAAGUGUACAUUAUACAGUGUUACAUUUUGUACUCUGCGAAAUCUCAACUAUCUGUGGACAUAAACUUUGCGUGUACUGUUAAAAGAAUAUAUGAGAUAUAUAAAACGAAGUCAUUUCAGAAAAAAAUCUAAAUGCGUAUGUAUAUGAAAAAUGUAUACUAAACCGUAGUUCACAACCUAGAAGAUCGUUAAGAGUUGAGAACUUCAUCCUGUAUGAAGCUUGUGUCUUAUAAAUAAAAACAAAAAGGAAAAAUAUCGCUGCUGGUUUAAUGUAUGCCAUUGACUUGACAACGACAAUCACCUAAAAUCAAUCUACCGUAAAACAACUACAUCGGAUUUUCUAUCGCUUUGCAAAAAAGGUAUACAUAUGUUAUAACUUAUUUUGACACUAUUUGUACGUUAGACGUUACAGACGUCAACGAAAUAUCACCUAUUCUAUUUUCACGCACACCGUGUUUACAAGUUUCUAAAGAAUGGUUUUCGUCUGGUUUACCAUCAAAACAAAUGUAUUCAGUUAUCUGCUAUUCGCAUGCAUAUGAAAUGUACUAGUUAAUUUUACUUGCUAAAAGCUUUCAAAACGUGACUGCUGUGCUGCUCGUUUGAAACUUACUUUAGUAAUAAAAUUUUUUUGUGCGUUCUUGUGAAAAGUAUGUUGAUUUAAAAAGUAUCUUUAUUUAAGUGCUAACGGAGCUUUUGAGUUUCAAAAUAAAUGUUUUCAAAUAACUGUACGUCUUAAUGUAAAAGUAACUUUCGAAUAAUUUGAGCAAUCAUAAAUCUGAUAUAUGUCCAUGAUCUAUGCAUGUUAGAUAAGUAAUGACUAUUCCAUACGCAAUAAAAUAAAUAUCAAAGCGACCUUCCACAAGUGACUUGUCAAUAAAACGCGGUAUUUAUUUCGAAAUUAAUAGAAUAUUUUUUUAGAUCGAUGUAAUACACAAUUUCAAUCUCAUUUAAUUUACGGUAAAAGAUGACAAGCAAACGAGGACCCUUUUUUUACUUAAUAAAUUUAUUUAUUUUACUUUUUUAUGUAACGUUCAUAGUGAAUAAACCAGUCUCGAAUAUGACAUUUCGAUAUUUGAAAAUAAGGCCUUCUUCACCGUGCAAAAACUUUCGAUUUUUCCUAAUUAAAAUAUACGAAGAACAAUGUGAAAAAAUGAGAAAUUACGAGUGAUUUUAAAUUUCAUCAGUUCGUCCAUUAAAUAUAUAUUGUUGAUUUGCUACGACUUAUGAUUUAUGUACAAUCAAUUAUUGCUAACGGGUGAUACUGGAUUCUAAAGUGAAGAUGGAUUACCCCAUAAUAUACAACUAGCCUAUCUGCGAUAAUAUACUUCAAUACUAGCGCGAGGAAAUGAUUUGAGCCUACGUAGACGUGUGCGCCCGAGCGAAGGGGCCA